AUGGCCCGCUUUUGCGACCCUUUACCUCAAAGCGAGCAACUCAGCCAUUCUCCCGCUGGUAAAUCCGUUUGGAAGGCAUGUUUGGUCUCCCUACAAGCGACCUCUCAGCGUUGCCACUUCGGCAAUCCAAAUUCCAAUUUGCGACUGAAGCAACCUGACAGCACAAAUAUCCCACGGUCCAUCCCAUCUCAUACCUUACCCAAGCCCGCCGACGUUUCCGCACACGUUCCAGCACAAAACUACUUACUCCCUACUUCGCAAACACAAAUGCCACCUCCCAUGACCAAACCCGCCGACCUCUCCCCCCGCUCCUCAUCCCUCCACACCAGGCCCUCCCUCCCCUACGUAUUCUUCCUGGUAAAGCAACUCGUCCCCUUCACUGACCCUGUCCGCGCCACACAAAUGUCCUUCAACGACGCGACAACCGCUCACGCCGCGCUGCUGGACUACGUGCGAAAUAACCAUCCAUAUCACCGAUCGAUUGAACCGCGUGCGGGUGUGAGGAGGGGAGGUGGGGGUAGGGUUAUGGAGGGGUACAUUGCGGAGUAUGAAUAUAGGGAUGGGGAUUGGAUCGAUGAGGAGGUGGUUGGGUGGGUGUGGGUUGAGAGGGAUUGGAGGGGCUGAGGCGCCGUGAGAGAUAUGUUGGGUAGUUCGCGAUGGUGGGAAUGCUGGGGUGGAAGAUGGGGCUAAAGAUAAAGAUGAAGAUG